AUGAUGCUUGAUCCAGACAUCUUCUUUGAAGACUCCAUGGAGAAGCAGCGGCUAAGAUCUUCAAUAAAAAUCCCAAGACAGCAGCCAAACUAUCACAAACUUAACACAGAAAGAAUGAUUGUGCCAAUUGUGCUGAAUGUAAGUGUAAGACCAAACCUUAUCAUCAGAGAUCGAUUUGACUGGGACUUAAGCCGCCAGUAUAGAAGUCCUUAUGUCUUUGUCGAGCAGCUUGGGGAUUCCUUGCUCCCCACAGGCAAAACCAUUGGAAAUUGUUUUAUUUUUUGAGUGAAAAAAUCUUUUUUUAAUUACAAAUUUUUUAUAAAAAAUAUUUGAAUACAUAAUUGAUAAUAAAUCUCUAGCUAAUUCUGUUUGAAUUUUAAACAAAUUAUAAUUUUUACAAAUUAAUCCCCAUUAGUUCACUAACGGAGGGUAAGUUAGGACUUUCAGAAGACCAAAAGAGAGCUCUUGCAAAUUCGAUAAUUGAGCAAAUUAUCGAGCACAUUGAGAAAUACACGAUUCAAACCAGAACUCGUAUUCCUAAAAAACUUGAAGAAAAUGCAGCAAGUAAUUUAACAUGCCUGCAAUGUGGAUCCAUAUUAUACAAUAACGACAUUUGUAGAGCUUGUGGUGUGUCUUUAGAAAAACUGAGACAAAAAUAUGGAAACCUGACUGGUUUAGGCCAAGAAUCAAAAAUAAAUGACGAAGAAUCCAUCGCUCCUCGGCAAACUGAAAGACAACGCACCUUAGAAUCCACCAGAAGGCGUCAGGAACCUUCUAUGGCUGGCUCUCGUAAAGCUUGCACACGAUGUGGUGAAGCAAAUCAUCCUAUGAGUAUUGAAUGCCGACAAUGUCUAAAACCCAUCACAAAAGCGCCUAAAAAGAUCAGAAGCCUAAACGAAGCCUUAACUUAUCAUUUUUGGAAAAUUCUUAAUAGAGAAAGCCAAUUCGCUCAGAUGGUGCUUAUGAAUGAUACUAUAAAAGAAGAAGAUUUCUUAUCAGCAAACAAGUUAUAUGACAAAUUAAAGGUUUUAAUAGCAGAAUGUGAGCAUCCACCUGUGUCAGCUUCUUCAAUAAAGGUAAACCACAUGCUUUUGUUUUUAGAUAUUUGCUAUGAGAAAAUCCUAACUGGAACUGCAACAGACCAGCUACAAGUCCAUAACUCAAGCUCAAAAAACCAAAUAGAGCUUAAAGAGCUUGAUUAUUCCCAAAUCCAUGUCUCAAAUACAGUCCCAGAGCAGCCUGCAUACCAAGCCACUUAUUUCCCACAAAUUGACUAUCGAAAGAAAAUGCUGAAACCAGAAGUCCCUGGCAGACGAAGAGGAAGACCCAGAAAAUACCCAUUGCCUGAAACGAUCUCAAGAGAACCCAAUGAGCAGCAAGAUGAAGAAGAAGGCCAAGCUAAAUUGAAAGAAGAAAAUGACCAGAGUAUGAAUGAAUGCGGAAUGUGUGGAGAGCCUGGACAAUUAAUUUGCUGUGAGGUCUGUCCAAGCGUCUACCAUUUAGCUUGUUUAAACCUAAGGAAUAUCCCUAAAGGCAAAUGGAUGUGCUUUUUCUGCAGGAUCGUCAAAGAUGGUAUUGACAAGGUCAGAAAUGACGACUCAGGCCUGGCUGAAGAUUUCAAUAACUUGUUGCAGCCUUCACAUGUUUGGCAAAAUCAAGCCCAACAAAUAGUGGAUAUUUUGCUUAUGAACCCUUGCUCAAAAGACAUAUCCACUGGAGGGGCUAGAGGAGAUAUAGAAAAUUCCUCGGGAUAGCGCGGAAUACGCUAUCCCCAGGACAACCGGGAUCGGAUCCCACAUGGAACGAGGGUUCCAUGUGUGGAUCCAUUUUUGACACGUGAAAGUAAAUAUCUCACAUGUCAAAAAUGGAUCCACACAUGGAACCCCCGUUCCAUGUGUGGAUCCGAUCCCGGUUGGUCCUGGGGAUAGCGUAUUCCGCGCUAUCCCCAGGAAUUUAGUAUAUCCCACCUCCUGACUUAGUAGCAUUAAAAGAUUUGAUUAAUGAAGGCCAUUAUAAAAAUUUAGAAGAAGUGGACUAUGAUAUUAGGGUUAUUUUUAAGCAAGCUUCCAAAAUGUAUAAGAAAAGAAACCAGACUUUAUAUUCACAAGUUUUCAAUCUGCAAUUAUUUCAUAACAAAAUGCUAUCAGAGCUGCAAAACUUGUGUGGGAUACAAAUCAAUACACAGCCUAUUAAUUUUCCGAAUUCGAAACCUGGUGAUCCUUAUAAAAAGCCGAAAUAUGAAUAA